UCUUAGUUGUCUUUAAUGGCCUCUCCUUCUCGGAAAAUCCCAGCCUCCGCUCUAUAUAACAAAAUCCAAUUUCUUUGUUCUCUACAGAAAUCAAACGAACCUACUUCUCUCUCUCUGAAAUUUCCGAAUCCAUCGAUCAAAAAUGGCCGCGAAGAACCAAAGCCCCCAAUCUCAAUCCGGAUUCGAAGAUUGGCUGCCGGCGAUGGCCUGGAAGCUCGGCGGCGAGGGGCUGAUCGGAGAGCUCUGCAACGGAUUCAACCUUCUGAUGGACAGAGAGAAAGGAGUGAUCAAUUUCGAGAGCUUGAAGCGGAAUGCAGCGGCGCUAGGGCUGGGGGAUCUGAGCGACGAGGAGCUCAGGGGGAUGUUGACGGAAGGGGAUUUCGACGGCGACGGCGCUCUCAAUCAGAUGGAAUUUUGUGUUCUUAUGUUCAGAUUAAGCCCCGAUUUGAUGGAUGCGUCUCGCUACUGGCUCCAAGAAAGUCUCCGGCGAGAAUUCUCUUGAAUUUCUUUUUUCUUUUUUYUUUUUUCUUUUUGGGGUUGUGAUUACUGAUUACUGAUUGGUUGUGUUGUACGGUUUUUGUUCAAAUUAGUGAAAUAUACUGGAAAACUAAAUU